AUGGAUGAUGUGCUAUGGGCUUACCGAACAGCUUACAAGACACCAAUAGGCAUGUCUCCUUACCAAUUGGUGUUUGGAAAAGCUUGUCAUCUAUCGGUGGAGCUUGAGUAUAAGGCAUUGUGGGCCUUGAAGAAGUUGAAUCUAGAUCGGGCUGAUGCCUCAAACUUGAGGAUGGAACAACUUAAUGAGCUGGAUGAAUUCCUAUUUAGAGCAUAUGUUAGCUCUUCAUUCUACAAGGCCCGCAUGAAGCACUUCCAUGACAAGAAGAUCUUGAAAAGAGAGUUCAACCCCGGAUAUUGUGUUUUGUUGUUUAAUUCAAGACUCAGGUCCAGUCCCUUCGAAGUCACCCAAGUGUUCCCACAUGGAGCAAUUGAGAUUAUGUGCCCAAGUGGAGAUCGAAUCAAGGUGAAUGGGCAGUGGGAUAAGAAUUACUUGGGCUUAUCCAAUGAAGUGAAGAUAAUUGAGGUCAUCUACCUCAACGAACCAUGA